AUGAAGAAGCCCGUCUGCUCGGUCGGGGUCCCCUCACACGCGAAGAAGAAGCCGUCUGCUCGGUCGGGGUCCCCCUCACACCGGAAGAAGAAGCCGUCCUGCUUCGGUCGGGGUCCCCUCAACACGCGGAAGAAGAAAAGCCGUCUGCUCGUCGGUCCCCCUCACACGCGAAGAAGCCUCUGCUCGGUCGGGUUCCCCCUCACAGCGGAAGAAGAAGCCGUCUGCUCGUCGGGUUCCCCUCACACGCGGAAGAAGAAGCCGUCUGCUCGGCUCGGGUUCCCCCUCACACGCGGAAGAAGAAGCCGUCUGCUCGGUCGGUUCCCCCUCACCAUCGCGGAAGAAGAAGCCGUCUGCUCGGUCGGGUUCCCCUCACAACGCGGAAGAAGAAGCCCGUCUGCUCGGUCGGGUUCCCCUCACACGCGGAAGAAGAAGCCGUCCCUGCUCGGUCCGGGUUCCCCCUCACACGCGAAGAAAGAAGCCGUCCUGCUCGGUCGGGUUUCCCCUCACACGCGGAAGAAGAAGCCGUCUGCUCGGUCGGGUCCCCUCACACGCGGAAAAGAAGCCGUCUGCUCGGUCCGUUCCCCCUCACACGCGGAAGAAGAAGCGUCUGCUUCGGUCGGGUUUCCCCCUCACACGCGGAAGAAGAAGCCGUCUGCUCGGUCGGGUUCCCCCUCACACGCGGAAGAAAGAAGCCGUCUGCUCGGUCGGGUCCCCUGCUCUCGGUCGGGUUCCCCCUUCAACACGCGGAAGAAGAAGCCGUCUGCUCUCGGUCCCCCUUCACACGCGGAAGAAGAAGCCGUCCUGCUCGGUCGGUUCCCUCACACGCGGAAGAGAAGCCGUCUGCUCGGUCGGGUUCCCCUUCACACGCGGAAGAAGAAGCCGUCUGCUCGGUCGGGUUCCCCUUCACACGCGGAAGAAGAAGCCGUCUGCUCCGUCGGUUCCCCCUUUCGGUUCCUCACACGCGGAAAGAAGCCGUCUGCUCGGUCGGGUUCCCCUCACACGCGGAAGAAGAAGCCGUCUGCUCGGUCGGGUUCCCCCUCACACGCGGAAGAAGAAGCCGUCUGCUCGUCGGGCGCGAAGAAGAAGCCGUCUGCUCUCGGUCACACGCGGAAGAAGAAGCGUCUGCUCCUCGGGUUCCCCCUCACACGCGGAAGAAGAAGCCGUCUGCUCGGUCGGGUUCCCCUCACACGCGGAAGAAAGAAGCCGUCUGCUCGUCGGUCCCUCACACGCGAAGAAGAAUCGGUCCCCCUCACACGCGGAAGAAGAAGCCGUCUGCUCGGUCGGGUCCCCUUCACACGCGGAAGAAGAAGCGUCUGCUCGCCGGGUUCCCCUCACACGCGGAAGAAGAAGCCGUCUGCUCGGGUCGGGUCCCCUCACACGGAAGAAGAAGCCUCUGCUCGGUCGGGUCCCCUCACACGCGGAAGAAGAAGCCGUCUGCUCGGUCGGGUCCCCCUCACACGCGGAAGAAAAGCCGUCUGCUCGUCGGGCGCGGAAGAAGAAGCCGUCUGCUCGGUCGGGUUCCCCCUCACACGCGGAAGAAGAAGCCCGUCUGCUCGGUCGGGUCCCUCUUCACACGCGGAAGAAGAAGCCGUCUGCUCGGUCGGUUCCCCCUCACACGCGAAGAAGAAGCCGUCUGCUCGGUCGGGUUCCCCCUCACACGCGGAAAAAGAAGCCCGUCUGCUCUCGGACGCGGGAAGAAGCCGUCUGCUCGGUCGGGUCCCUCACACGCGGAAGAAGAAGCCGUCUGCUCGUCGGGCGGAAGAAGAAGCCGUCUGCUCGGUCGGGUCCCCUCACACGCGGAAGAAGAAGCCGUCUGCUCGGUCGGUCCCCCUCACGCGGAAGAAGAAGCCGUCUGCUCGGUCGGGUCCCCCUCACACGCGGAAGAAGAAGCCGUCUGCUCGGUCGGGUUCCCCUCACACGCGGAAGAAGAAGCCGUCUGCUCGGUCGGGUCCCCCUCACACGCGGAAGAAGAAGCCGUCUGCUCGUCGGGUCCCCUCACAAGGGACGCGGAAGAAGAAGCCGUCUGCUCGGUCGGGUCCCCCUCACACGCGGAAGAAGAAGCCGUCUGCUCGGUCGGGUCCCUCACACGCGGAAGAAGAAGCCGUCUGCUCCCGGGUUCCCCCUCACACGCGGAAGAAGCCGUCUGCUCGUCUGGCCCUCACACAGCGGAAGAAGAAGCCGUCUGCUCGGUCGGGUCCCCCUCACACGCGGAAGAAGAAGCCGUCUGCUCGGUCGGGUCCCCCUCACACGCGGAAGAAGAAGCCGUCUGCUCGGUCGGGUCCCCCUCACACGCGGAAGAAGAAGCCGUCUGCUCGUCGGGUCCCCCUCACACGCGCGAAAGAAGAAGCCGUCUGCUCGUCGGGUCCCCCUCACACGCGGAAGAAGAAGCCGUCUGCUCGGCGGGUCCCCCCGCGGAAGAAGAAGCCGCUGCUCGGGUCCCCCUGA